GCCUUCCAAUCCGAUGUCUGUUCGUUACCAGUCAUUGGACCGAGGCCCCACAAUGGAUCACGAAAGAGAGUUUUUACCGAUAAGAGAUAGACGGGAUAGAUCGCUGGACCGAGGUCUUUACUUCGACGAUGAACCACCUUACAGUUCCAGAUCAGCUCGUCAAUCUCCCACCUCCCACCAACCUUUCAUUGGCGAGCUGCAACAUCAAAAUUCCGAUCUUCAACGUGACUUGGCCAACUUGAAAAAGGAACUGGAACUAACCAAUCAGAAACUGGGCUCGUCGAUGCAUUCCAUUAAAACCUUCUGGAGUCCGGAGCUGAAGAAAGAGAGGGCACUCAGGAAAGAAGAGUCCGCGAAAUACAGCCUUAUCAACGACCAGCUCAAGUUACUGAGUAGUGAAAAUCAGCUCCAACCGCUGGACAGAACAGUCAUGAAACCAUCCAAAGAUGCUUAUAACAAACGAUGCGACAUGUGGAUGAGAGCAACCGCCGGAUCUUGGACAACCGACUACGAAAUUGCUGGUCUCAUCAAAGAAGCGUUCACUUGA